GGUCAGGGCUGGGUGGGGGUCCCAGCACAGCCCAUGGUGCCACAGGCCCGGAACGAGCCCGAUGUGUACGAGACCAGUGACCUGCCCGAGGAUGACCAGGCCGAGUUCGAGGCGUUUGCACAAGAGCUGGAGGAGCUGAGCAGCACCAGCGUGGAGCACCUGAUCAUCAACCCCAACGCUGCCUACGAGAAGUUCCGGGACAAGCGCCUGGGCACCGAGGGUGUGGAUUUCUCUGACCGCAUUGGCCGGACACGGACGACAGGUUACGAGGCCGGAGAGUAUGAGAUGCUGGGUGAGGGUCUUGGUGCCAAGGAGACGCCACAGCAGCGAUUCCAGCGGUUGCAGCACGAGGUGCAGGAGCUGCUCCGGGAUGUGGAGCAGAUCCAGAGCUCAGUGAAGGAGUCGGGGGCUGAGGAGGAGCUCACGCCCAUGGCCCUGGCCAGGCAGGUGGAGGUGCUGAAGCAGCAGCUGCUCAGCUCCCACCUGGAGAAGGUGCUGGGCCCUGGUGCCGCCGUCGACUUCGCUGACCCCGAGGGUGCCCUGGCCAAGCGGCUGCUGCAGCAGCUGGAGGUGGCCAAGUGCAGCAAAAGCACUCCGGGGAAGGGCCCUCCGCGGGGCCCCGUCCCUGCCGGCGAUGCCGUCACCUUCGAGCUCUACUGGAGGCCAGAGCAGGACCAGUUUGCCCAGUCUGCCAAGGUGUCAGAGCUGGAGAAACGUCUGGCACAGCUGGAGGCGGCCAUGAGGUGUGAGCCUGACAGCCAGGUGAGCUCCCAGAACCCACUGCUGGUGGGGCUGAAGGGCUCCAGCCUCAUGGACACCGUGCAGGUGCUGCAGGCCAAGGUGAACGUUCUGGAUGUGGCUGUGCUGGACCAGGUGGAGGCUCGGUUGCAGAGCGUCCUUGGGAAGGUGAACGAGAUUGCCAAGCACAAGGCCACAGUGCAGGACGCUGACACCCAGAGCAAGAUCCACCAGCUGUACGAGACGCUGCAGAGCUGGGACGCUGUGGCCAGUGCCCUGCCUGACGUGGUGCAGCGCCUGGUGACCCUGCGGGACCUGCACGAGCAAGCCACCCAGUUCGGGCAGGUGCUGGUGCACCUGGACACGACGCAGCAGGAGAUCGCGGGGGCUCUCAAGGACAACGCGGUGCUGUUGGCUGAGGUGCAGAAGACGAUGAAGGACAACCUGGCCAUCGUCGAGGACAACUUUGCCGACAUCGAUGCCCGCAUCAAGCGGCUGCAGAAGUGACGAGACCCCAGGACACCCCCUGGGGGUCCCCUGAGGACUUCCUC